AUGAACAACGAGCAGUUCCGGCGACUACUUGCCGAUAAUUCGUCGACCUCCAACUCCAGAGAUAAGCCUGGAGCAUCGGCGCGCAAUGCAGCAUCUGGCGGCGCUACCCCCGCGGUGCUGGGCUCGCGAAUGCGCUCGAGCAUCCCCAUGACCCCGCGCUCUGUGACCGGUGUAGAUUUUGCUCGACAGCUUGCAGAGCAACGCCAAGAUGGCGGUCAACGUCCUGCAAAGCGAUUCAAAUCCUCCGCCGCGCCGAAAGGCACCAAACUGCCCACAGGGUACCAAGACCGUGCCUCGCUUCGCAAUUCGUCGGAAGCUGAAAACGAGGAUGACCUGCAAAAACGGAUCAAAGCACUCGAGGAGAUGGUGAAAUUAGGCCAGAUUGAUCAGGCGACCUUCGACAAGCUCUGCGCAGAGCUCGGUGUUGGCGGUGACACGGGAAGCACACAUAUGAUAAAGGGUCUGGACUGGGAACUUCUGAGGCGAAUCCGGGCUGGUGAGGAUGUCUCGAAAUCGGCCGAGAAGCCAGCUCCGCCCGCAACAGCAGAGGCCCUUGUUGCGGAGGAGGAUCCCGAUGAGGAGUUCGAGCGGCUGAUGGAGGAGAAGGGCCAGGAAGAGGUCAAAACAGCACCCAAAGAGCAUAAGGAGAAAAAGAAGGGAACAAUGGCACCACCUCCGCCACGGCCAAGGACACGCGAUGAGAUCCUCAAGGAAUUGAAGGCUAGUCGAGCUGCGGCUGCGACUGCAGCCGCCCCGAAGCCCGAGUCAACACUGAGCUCCAAGUUCAAGAAGCUUGGUGAUGGCAAGCCCCAGAAGAAGCGUUUUAUCGAGGCAGAUGAGUAUGGCCGCCGCCGAGAGGUGCUGCUCAUCACGGAUGCUGAUGGCAACACGAAGCGGAAGGUGCGCUGGCUCGACAAGCCAAACGAGCCGCGUGGCACUCCUUCUCUGCCCAUGCCCGACAAGGAUGCUAAACCUCUUGGUAUGGAGAUCCCAGCUGAGUUUGCUGCCCGGGCUGCAGCCAGUGCUCUGCAAGAAGACGACGACGACGACAUCUUUUCUGGCGUUGGGGCCGACUACGACCCCCUCGCCGGCAUAGAACAAGAGGACGACUCCUCAUCUGAUGAAGAGGGUGAGAAGACGGACAAGCCUUCCGAAGAGCGUGGUCCAGCUCCCGCCUUCGAAGGGGACCAUAAGCCAAGUGAAGGCUCUGAAGCUCAACCCGCCAGAUCACGCAAUUAUUUCGCAACCGGGACAUCCUCCAGUGCUCCCGAAGAACCCGAGGACCGCUCUAAUCCUCUCACAAAGGAUCCCACAAUCCUGGCUGCUCUUAAACGAGCUGCAGCUCUCCGGCAAACCUCUCCUUCGGAGGACUCUGGCGAGUCUGCAGAGGCCGCUCUGCGGCACAAGAAGUUCCUCGAGGAAGCUCGGCGGCGCGACGCCAUGGAUGCUGCAGAUAUGGACAUGGGCUUCGGCAGUAGCCGCAUUGAGGACGGCGAGGAUGAGGAAGGCGUCUUGCUGGAGUUUGAGGGCAAGCAGCACGGUGCGACUAAGCGGAAACGUGGGCCCAAGAAGAAGAAGGGUGAUAAAAACAGUGCAGAUGAUGUGAUGCGUGUGCUUGAUGGGCGUAAGAAGAAGGAUGCUGAGUAG